GCCAAGAGCUGUCUUGGACCACCAGAAUACUUCCUGUUUCUAUGAGGUCCUGCAAGUUACGAGUAGCUGCAGUGUAGUGGGGGAGAAGGGAUGGCGGAGAAGAGCCCUGACCUCAGCGGCUCAGUUGGACGGAGGUGUCCCGCCCCGUCUGCAGGAGAAAUAACGCAUUUACCUGGAAUUGGACCAUCCAAAUGGGUUCGUCUGAAUGUUGGUGGAACAUACUUCCUCACCACGAGACAAACGCUGUGCAGAGACCCCAAAUCGUUCUUGUAUCGACUGUGCCAGGCAGACCCCGACCUAGACUCUGACAAGGAUGAGACGGGGGCAUAUUUAAUAGACAGAGACCCAACUUACUUCGGUCCAGUGCUCAACUAUCUAAGGCAUGGGAAAUUGGUGCUCAAUAGAGGCCUCGCAGAGGAAGGAGUACUGGAAGAGGCAGAAUUCUACAAUAUUACCUCUUUGAUCAAGCUUGUUAAAGACAAAAUCAGAGAGAGGGACUCCAGAACUGCACAGCUUCCAGUAAAGCAUGUCUACAGAGUCUUGCAGUGCCAAGAAGAAGAAUUAACGCAAAUGGUUUCUACCAUGUCAGACGGCUGGAAGUUUGAACAGUUGGUCAGUAUUGGCUCCUCAUACAACUAUGGAAAUGAAGACCAGGCAGAAUUCCUGUGUGUUGUCUCCAAAGAACUGCAUAACCAAUGUUAUGGCACAAGCAGCGAGCCAAGUGAAAAGGCUAAGAUUCUUCAAGAACAAGGUUCUCGAAUGUAAAGAGACUGCAAUCCUUAGGAUCUUGUCAAAAACAUGAUUAUUAUUUGGAUAUAAACACAUAAAACACAUCACAAUCUAAAGGAACUUUCUUUGGAACAUCAUGGUAAGCUGAUGAAGUCAGCUUCCUUCUUUCUACACACACCAGUAAUGUGCACAACUAAGUGUUAAUUGACUGUUUUGACUACUUAGUGGUGUAGAUUGAUCCCAGAUGGAAAGAAGGACCUAGCAGCCUUAUCAGUGUGAUGGAGAGAAAAUAGACGUGUCAUUUGUAAAAACUUGCGCAAGGUUAUCUACUACAUCUAGCUGGUCCAUCAUUUACUCAGGGUUUCUCCUAGUAUUUUCUAAAAUUCACCAGGAAACAAUGCAUACAACCAGGAGGGAAUCGUUAAACUUCAGUUCAAAAAAUGAACUUGAAGAAAAUCUAUUAGAUUUGUGCUCUGUGUUAACUUCGUGUUUGAUAAAUCCAUUUUAGACUGUUUUGGUUUAUAUGUUUAUGAAAAAGAGAUUAUUUGUCCACUUAUACAUAGCCCUUUGGCACAGAAUCUUAUGUUAUGGAAAGGGGACAUUAUCAUCUGCUUUUACCUGUUAUUUUAAAAGAGAUUGACGAUAUAUGAAUGGGAGAUGCAGGAUGUAGAAGUCUUCCAUUGUAGGGUUAUUGGUGUACCCAAUGGAUUGCCUUGAAACUGGAACAUUCUUGUAUUUUAGAGUAUUUUACCUUAAAUGCAGGGUAGGUAAUGUUUUUGAGAAGCACUUUUUGUCAUAUUUCAGAAAUAAACUUCACAUCCUGAUAGCAAUCAAUAAAUUAAUUGCUCUGACGAUAAACAAAAAUAUAUCAGAUAUCUGUGACCAUUGCAGGACUGUAAUGAACACAACAAUCAUCGCGUUCAGACCGAAUGCAAUGAUUGGAAGACCAAUGAUCUUACCUAUCUAACUGCAUGUAGUGUGUCCAUUGCACUCAUUGCAGUAGUCAUACAGCACGUUGAUGUGUUUUUGGGAGAGUAGCUUUGAAGGGGGGGAGGGGGAUAUUUUUGGUUGAAUGUUAUUAAUAGGUAUUUGUUAAACUCUGUGGAACCCAUUUUACUUGCCGAUUUUUAUAUAACCUUUGCCUCUUUGUCUCAAUAUUAAUUGCAAGCCUUGUUUGUUUACUUGGUUUACUUUUGAAUUGUUUGUAUUAUUUGCAAAGCUUUUGUCUUGGAUUUGGGCAGUUAACUUCAAUGUUAGGGCAGUGACUGUUUGUGGCAGGUACUACCAAUCAAAUAAUUGAUAUUAUGCAUACAUGUAUCACACCUGUGUUGGAAACAUAGUUUUGAAGCACCAAUCCUUUUUCUGCAUGAUUCACCACAGUGUUUUGCAAUAACACCUGUAUACCAGUCAUCAGUCAUCUGACUGGUUUUGGACUGUCAGUGUGCAAACGUAAAAGGUUAAAGCUGCAGCACACAAUGGCUGGUUUUCCCAGAUUCGUUAAGAAGCUGUUAACGCUAAGAUCUUCUUAAAAACAUUCUAAGAGCGUUCUAGAGCGCCCUUAGAAUGUUCUUAAGACGCUCUCAGCAUUAAGAGCUUCUUAACGAAUCUGGGAAACCUGUUCAAUGGCUGUACCAUCACUAAUAGCUUUCACAUAUUCUGCCUAUUGACAAUAUAUAAAGUAACAUUUUGGUGUAGAACAUGUUGCCUUUGUUUGAUGACCAAAUCAAUAUCAAUAUGAACUGAAUUACACAAAUAUGUGGUCAGGGACUUGGAAACUAUUUAGGUAAUUUUAAUGUAUCUAUACAUGUAGCCUCUGUUUGUACAUUGAGGAGAAAGUCUGAUGAUGUUUUCUCAUAUCAUGUAUUUUAUUUAUUUGUUUGCUUACACACUAAGGGCUUUCAAUAGUGGAAUACAAGCUAUAAUCUCUACAGAGGUCAAUUUGACCAUUGUUAUUGCCUGAUCAAGGUAAAGUUUACGUGUAGUGUUUUAUAAUCUUGAUCUUACAUGUUUACUUACCUUGCCAUUUUGACACCACCCUCAAAUUUGGCUGGUUGGAAGAUCUGCAUAUUUGUAUAUUUAUAUAUCCCAAAUAGUUGCUGUCAGCCAUGUAUCAACACAACUAGUAAUACGUUUUUGAAUAUUUUCUGCUGACAAUUAUAUUUACUAGUCACCGAGUGUCUUGUGGUGACAUGUGCCUCUAGUGUCCCUGAGGCUCUUCAGUGCAUUUGCAAUGGGUGUGUUACUGAUGCUCAUAUUUUUCAGGGUCAACUUUUGAUGAGUAGUGACCACCCAGCAGUAGCUUUUCAGAGUAUGGCGUUACAGGAGCUAUCAAUUAUGGCAUGUGUCAUCUACUGCAUGAUUAAACUGAUGCACCCUAGGGUCCUCUUCAGCUCUGCAGGACACCACCUUAUUUUAGAUAGGUCUGACGGUUCUUCUUAGAAAGGGCCCAUGGUAGACACAAGCAUGUUCUUUCCUCCAGCUGCUGUGGAUGUCUUAACUUUUUUCAAAUGGUUUUUUCAAACGUUUUUCAAACUUUCCAUUAGUCUGUAAAACAUUUUCAAAAAGAACAAUUAUGCUUUGCUCCACUUUCACUGCUGUUCCUAUUUAGUAUCUUUCUAGAUGUUUGUACAUGUAUUUUAAAUGCUCAUGUAUAUACAAAGUAUGAAAACCAUGUUUUGACAAGUAAAAAUUCAAAACGAUGGUCAAACUUAAUAAAUGUAAAUUAAUUAACAA